CCUGUUCCCAACUUCACUCGGGAACGGGCGACCAUGAGCACCACGGUCAACGUGGACGCCCUUCCGGAGCACGAGAAGAGUCAGAUCAAGAGGGCCCUGGAGCUGGGCACGGUGAUGUCGGUGUUCAGCUUCCGCAGGUCCACGCCGGAGCGGAGGACCGUCCAGGUGGUCAUGGAGACGCAGCAGGUGGCCUGGAGCAAGACGGCCGAUAAGAUCGAGGGCUUCCUGGAUAUCAUGGAAAUAAAGGAAAUCCGCCCAGGGAAGAACUCCAAGGAUUUUGAGCGUGCGAAAGCAGUCCGCCAGAAGGAAGAGUGCUGCUUCACCAUCUUGUACGGCACCCAGUUCGUCCUCAGCACGCUCAGCUUAGCAGCCGACACUAAAGAAGAUGCAACUAAGUGGCUCUCUGGCUUGAAGAUCUUACACCAGGAAGUGAUGAGUGCAUCCACCCCCACCAUCAUUGAGAGUUGGUUGAGAAAGCAGAUUUAUUCUGUGGAUCAAACCAGAAGAAACAGCAUCAGCCUCCGAGAGUUGAAGACCAUCUUGCCCCUGGUCAACUUCAAAGUGAGCAGCGCCAAGUUCCUCAAAGAUAAGUUCGUGGAAAUAGGCGCACACAAAGAUGAACUCAGCUUUGAACAGUUCCAUCUCUUCUAUAAAAAACUUAUGUUUGAACAGCAAAAAUUGAUUCUUGACGAAUUCAAAAAGGAUUCCUCCGUGUUCAUCUUGGGCAACACCGACCGGCCGGAUGCCUCCGCAGUUCACCUGCACGACUUCCAGCGGUUUCUCUUACAUGAGCAGCAGGAGCUGUGGGCUCAGGAUCUGAACAAAGUCCGUGAGCGGAUGACAAAGUUCAUUGAUGACACGAUGAGAGAAACUGCCGAGCCCUUCCUGUUUGUGGAUGAGUUCCUCACGUACCUGUUUUCCCGGGAGAACAGCAUUUGGGACGAGAAGUAUGACGUGGUGGACGUGCAGGACAUGAACAACCCCUUGUCUCAUUACUGGAUCUCCUCAUCACAUAACACGUACCUCACGGGUGACCAGCUUCGGAGCGAGUCGUCCCCGGAGGCCUAUAUCCGCUGUCUGCGGAUGGGCUGCCGCUGCAUUGAGCUGGACUGCUGGGACGGGCCUGACGGGAAGCCCAUCAUCUACCACGGCUGGACGCGGACCACCAAGAUCAAGUUUGAUGAUGUCGUGCAGGCCAUCAAAGACCAUGCCUUUGUCACCUCGAGCUUCCCCGUGAUCCUGUCCAUCGAGGAGCACUGCUGCGUGGAGCAGCAGCGCCACAUGGCCCGGGUGUUCAAGGAGGCGUUCGGCGACCUGCUGCUGACCAAGCCCACGGAGGCCAGUGCCGACCAGCUGCCGUCGCCCAGCCAGCUGCGGGAGAAGAUCAUCAUCAAGCAUAAGAAGCUGGGCCCCCGAGGCGACGUGGAUGUCAACAUGGAGGACAAGAAAGACGAACACAAGCAGCAGGGUGAACUGUACAUGUGGGAUUCCAUCGACCAGAAAUGGACUCGGCACUACUGUGCCAUUGCUGAUGCCAAGCUGUCCUUCAGCGAUGACAUUGAACAGACUGUGGAAGAUGAACAGCCCCCGGAUAUAGCCCCCACGGAGCUGCAUUUUGGGGAGAAGUGGUUCCACAAGAAGGUGGAGAAGAGGACAAGUGCCGAGAAGCUGCUGCAGGAAUACUGCGCCGAGACGGGGGGCAAGGAUGGGACCUUCUUGGUGCGCGAGAGCGAGACCUACCCCAAUGACUACACCCUGUCCUUCUGGCGGUCGGGCCGCGUCCAGCACUGCCGGAUCCGCUCCACCGUGGAGGGUGGGACCCUGAAGUACUACCUGACUGACAACCUCAUGUUCACCAGCAUCUAUGCCCUCAUCCAGCACUACAGUGAGACGCACCUGCGCUGUGCCGAGUUCGAGCUCCGGCUCACCGACCCAGUUCCCAACCCCAGCCCGCACGAGUCGAAGCCGUGGUACUAUGACGGGCUGAGCCGUGGAGAAGCGGAGGACAUGCUGAUGCGGGUUCCCCGGGACGGGGCCUUCCUGAUCCGGAAGCGGGAAGGUACCGACUCCUACGCCAUCACCUUCAGGGCCAGGGGCAAGGUGAAGCACUGUCGCAUCAACCGGGACGGGCGGCACUUCGUGCUGGGCACCUCCGCCUACUUCGAGAGCCUCGUGGAGCUGGUCAGCUACUACGAGAAGCACGCACUCUACCGGAAGAUGAAACUGCGCUACCCUGUGACCCCCGAGCUCCUGGAGCGCUACAAUAUGGAAAGAGAUAUAAACUCCCUCUAUGACGUCAGCAGGAUGUAUGUGGAUCCCAGUGAAAUCAAUCCUUCCAUGCCUCAGAGAACCGUGAAAGCUCUGUAUGACUACAAAGCCAAGCGAAGCGAUGAGCUGAGCUUCUGCCGUGGCGCCCUCAUCCACAAUGUCUCCAAGGAGCCUGGGGGCUGGUGGAAAGGAGACUACGGAACCAGAAUCCAGCAGUACUUCCCGUCCAAUUACGUUGAAGACAUUUCAACAGCUGACGCGGAGGGGCUGGAAAAGCAGAUUAUUGAAGACAAUCCCUUAGGGUCUCUUUGCAGAGGAAUACUGGAUCUCAACACCUAUAAUGUUGUAAAAGCCCCACACGGGAAGAACCAGAAGCCUUUCGUCCUUAUCUUGGAGCCCAAGAAGCAGGGUGACCCUCCGGUGGAGUUUGCCACAGACAAGGUGGAGGAGCUGUUUGAGUGGUUCCAGAGCAUCCGGGAGAUCACCUGGAAGAUCGACACCAAGGAGAACAACAUGAAGUACUGGGAGAAGAACCAGUCCAUCGCCAUCGAGCUCUCGGACCUGGUCGUCUACUGCAAACCGACCAGCAAGACCAAGGACAACCUAGAAAACCCCGACUUCCGAGAAAUCCGCUCCUUCGUGGAGACAAAGGCUGACAGCAUCGUCAGACAGAAACCCAAUGAUCUCUUGAAAUACAAUCAAAAGGGCCUGACCCGCGUUUACCCCAAGGGACAGCGGGUGGACUCCUCCAACUAUGACCCCUUCCGCCUCUGGCUGUGUGGCUCCCAGAUGGUGGCGCUCAAUUUCCAGACUCCAGAUAAGUACCUGCAGAUGAAUCAUGCCCUGUUUUCCCUCAAUGGGCGGACUGGCUACGUCCUGCAGCCCGAGAGCAUGAGGGCGGAGAAGUAUGACCCCAUGCCGCCCGAGUCCCAGAGGAAGAUCCUGAUGACUCUGACGGUCAAGGUUCUGGGGGCUCGUCAUCUCCCCAAACCUGGACGAAGUAUUGCAUGUCCCUUUGUGGAGGUGGAAAUAUGCGGAGCCGAAUAUGACAACAACAAGUUCAAAACAACAGUUGUGAAUGACAACGGCCUAAACCCUGUUUGGGCUCCAACACAGGAGAAGGUGACAUUUGAAAUUUACGACCCAAACCUCGCGUUUCUACGCUUUGUGGUUUAUGAGGAAGAUAUGUUCAGCGAUCCCAACUUUCUCGCGCACGCCACUUUCCCCAUUAAAGGAAUCAAAUCAGGAUUUAGAUCUGUUCCUCUGAAGAACGGCUACAGUGAAGACAUGGAGCUGGCUUCCCUCCUGGUUUUCUGUGAGAUGCGGCCAGUCCUGGAGAGCGAAGAGGAGCUUUACUCCUCCUGCCGCCAGCUGCGGAGGCGGCAGGAGGAACUGAACAACCAGCUCUUUCUGUACGACACACACCAGAACUUGCGCAGCGCCAACCGGGAUGCCCUGGUCAGAGAGUUCAACGUCAACGAGAACCAGCUGCAGCUGUACCAGGAGAAGUGCAACCGCAGGUUAAGAGAGAAGAGAGUCAGCAACAGCAAGUUUUACUCAUAG